AUGGCCGAACAACUUACAAAGGCCCUUAGGAAAACUUCAAUGGCUUACGAAGUCAAGAAAGUAUCUUCAAGCCCCAAAGAUCGGCAGCCCCAGUUCAAGAAACAACAGAGAAAAGGGGAAAACCCCAUCCGGAUUCCUCCCAGCCAGGAGCCAUGUGUCGAUUUGAAUCCUUCUAAUUCGUGGAUCUGUAAGAAUUCCGCUUGCCGGGCGACACUUUCAGCGGAUGACACAUUCUGCAAAAGGUGCUCUUGCUGCAUCUGCCAUUUAUUUGAUGACAACAAGGACCCGAGCCUUUGGUUGGAAUGCACAUCGGAAUCUGGUCUCGGAGAUGCAUGUGGAUUGUCUUGCCACAUUGAGUGUGCCCUACAACGUGGUAAGGUGGGGGUGGUUGACCUUGGUCUGUUGAUGCAGUUGGAUGGAAGCUACUGUUGUGCUUCGUGUGGCAAAGUCUCUGGGAUACUUGGAUGCUGGAAGAAGCAAUUAAUUAUAGCUAAGGAUGCCCGGCGUGUUGACGUGUUGUGUUAUAGGAUAUUCUUAAGUUACAGGCUUCUGGAUGGGACUUCCAGGUUUAAAGAACUCCAUGAAUUUAUUAAAGAAGCCAAAGUCAAGUUGGAAACCGAGGUGGGCCCGGUAGAUGGGGUUUCAGCCAAGAUGGCCCGAGGUAUCGUCAGCAGACUCUCUGCAGCAGUCGAUGUGCAAAAGCUUUGCUCCCUUGCGGUUGAAAAAGCUGAUGAAUUGAUAGCUUCAAAGUCUACUUCUUCAACCAAUUUAAUUGAGGGUUCACUUCCCGCGGCCUGCAAAUUUUUGUUCGAGGAAGUUACACCAUCGUCAAUUGUCGUAUUAUUGAUCGAGCUAUCAAAUUCUUCGGACGACACCAUCAAGGGCUACAAACUCUGGUACUGCAAAUCAAAGGACGAGAGCUACUCAAAAGAGCCUGCCUCUAUCUUCCCUCGGAACCACAGAAGGAUUUGGAUAUCCAAUCUGCAGCCCUGCACGGAGUACUCCAUCCGCAUUAUAUCGUACACAGAAUCUGGCGACUUCGGGCACUCGGAAGUGAAGUGCUUUACAUCAAGCAUCGAGGUCAUGCACAAGGACUUUGGAAAUGACAUAAAUGCCCCCGGCCCCAGCACCAGCACCGAACACCUACCCGGGGGCCAGGCGGAAGUGGAAUCCGACCCGGGGUUCAAAGUCCGGGACCUCGGCAGGAUCCUGAGGAUGGCCCUGGAUCGAGAUCCGUGCUCCUGUGGGACCAAUGCCCAUAGAAUAUGUGGGCCCCACGACGAGAUCAAGCUCGAGGCACGGGAGGAAAAACCGUCCUCGGUCUCCCGCCAGCUGGACCUGAACGUGGCAUCUGUCCCUGACCUGAAUGAGGAGUUUACACCUCCUGUGGAGUCGGAGGCAGAUGAUGAUGCCAUGUCUCAUGAGAUCCAGCGGAAGCAUGGGGAGGUGCCAGCUGUCGACUCUGGAUUGGCCUUUUCUGUGAAGAGGAAGAAGCAUAGUAUUGCGAGUAAUAAUGGUGAGAUUCAGGAUUCGGACAGCACCAUGACUAACGACUCGGGCAGCCUGGAUGAAAAUUUCGAGUACUGUGUGAAGAUCAUACGGUGGAUGGAGUGCGAGGGCUAUAUCGAGAAAGAUUUUAGGCUGAAGCUGCUGACGUGGUUCAGCCUGAGGUCGACUGAGCAGGAGCGUAGGGUGGUCAACACAUUCAUACAGACGCUGAUUGACGACCCGAGUAGCCUGGCUGGACAGCUGGUUGACUCAUUCUCUGAUGUCGUGUCCAGCAAGAGGCCGCGUAAUGAUUUCCAUAGCACUGUUGCGUAA